AUGAGUCCUUGUCCUGUGAAGAUUGUGAUCAUCAACACCCAAUAUGUUGAAACUGAUGCUACAAGUUUCAAAUCUGUUGUUCAGAAAUUGACUGGUAAAGAUUCUGAUAAAUUAUUAGAAGAAGCUGAAAAACUUCAGAGGAUGAAGAAGCAUAGUCAAAGUGGGGUUGGAAGCUCUUUUUUUAUGAGAGAUGUGUCGUUUAAGGAGUUUGAUAGACUUCUUAAUGAGAUGCCACCAAUAAACGACAUUUGGUCUGAUACCUUCAUUAAUUAA